AUGUGCAACGAUUGCUGUUACGGCAGGAAAAAUGAUGGAUUUGAACUUGAUAAUGAAGAGUUGAUAAAAGCAGUAACAUCAGAAGAAGAAUACAAGUACUUAGGAGUUUUAGAAACCUCUGACCUGUUGCACAACCAAGUUAAGAAAGUUACAUCAACAAAAUACAUAAAGCGAGUCUGGGGGUGCCUGCUAUGGGGGGAUCGAGUGGUGAUCCCAGAGAAAUUGAGGAAAAGGGUGUUGGAUCUCCUCCACGAGGGUCACCCAGGGAUCGUAAGGAUGAAGGGUCUAGCAAGAAGCUAUGUGUGGUGGCCCUUAAUGGACUCAGAAAUUGCUGAAAGGGUAGGGAAAUGCCAGGCCUGCCAGGAGUCCAGACCACUACCCCCAACGGCCCCGGUUCGGGAAUGGGAAAGACCCCAAGGGCCCUGGUCUAGAAUCCACAUUGAUUUUGCCGGCCCCUUCCACGGCCAAACCUUCCUGGUAGUAGUCGAUGCCUACUCCAAAUGGCUGGAAAUCAUUCUCAUGAGAUCCAUGACAGCCGAGGCCGUGAUCUCAGUCCUACGGCACCUAUUUGUAACCCAUGGGUUGCCCGACACGUUAGUAUCCGAUAACGGCCCGCAAUUCACGGCAACCCAGUUUGAGGAGUACUUGGCAGAAGAGGGCAUCCGGCAUACCCUCUUGGCGCCUUUCCACCCUGCGACGAAUGGCCUUGCAGAGCGUUUCGUCCGGAGCGCAAAAGAGGCAUUGUCCAGACUCAAGCCAGGCGACUGGCAAACAAAAAUAGAUGUUUUCCUGGCCGUCCAACACAGAACCCCCUGUGCCACAACCGGCAGAAGCCCAGCAGAAUUAUUAAUGGGCCGAAAGCUCAGGUGCCCACUAGACCGUUUAAAUCCAAACUAUACACCGGAGGGUUACAAGGGGGAACUCGAAAAAACAAGAGGGAUGGAAAUAGGCAACCAGAAAACUCUUCAAACUGCUUUAGUGGCUGUGAUUGCUAAUGACUGGAAAUCUAGAGAGGAGGACCUAAAUCCUUGUUCUAAUACAGAACUAUUUCCAUAUACGAAAUCUGAAGUAGAUCUUUAA